AUGAAGGUUACGACUGUCUUCCUCGCUCUUGGGGUGGCGGCCGUCUCGAACGCCGCGGCUAUGCCUGCUCCCAAGGACGAUCUCAUUGGUUUCCCGCCAGGACAGAAGCCGCCGAGCCAAGGGAAUGAGAUUGAUGCUCGGGAUUCUCUCAUUGGCGUUCCGCCGGGCCAGAAGCCUCCCAGCCAGAACUAG